AUGCCAAAUAAUUACUGUAACUCAUUAAAUGGAUUAAUUACCUCCUCCUUUAUUCAAUUAUUUAAUAUUCUUGCCAUAUUAAAUUCAAUACCUCAAACAAUAGCUAUUUCUUAUCGUUGUGAAGGGGAUCAAGUUUUAGUAGUACAAUCCUUUGGAAAUGACACAAUUCGAAUGCAUUGUCAACGUUUAAAUGUUUGUGGGGAUGUUGAUGUUCAUUGCCAUUACGAAAAAAAUCAGCCGGCAUGUGGAGGUAAAGCUAAUUUUGUUGCUCAUGUAGACCAACCUACUCCUUUGGCCCCUGUAUCACAUACUUGCUGUGAGGCGAUUCCGCCUUUUGAGGAAAAGAUGAAUGAAAUUCCUAGGCAAGUUAUGAUGGAAAUUUUCAAAAUUCCCAAUUUUUAUAGUCACGAAGGCAAUGAUUGUUUCAUUUACGAACUUCCCGAUCCCAAUGCUCCCCCACCUGAAGAAGGGGAACAUAACAACAAAAAAGAAGAGGAGGAAGAAGAAAAUGAACACUUUACACUUCUCAACAGUAUUGACCAAUUACCUGGACAUAUAAAUCCAGAAGGAUAUCAUUAUAGAAUGAGGCUUUUUCUGUUGAGGUAUAAAAGUCCACCUGCUCUUCUUGUAAAAGGAAUUAGACGAUUAAGGGAAGGAUAUCGAGUAACUAUUUGCCGUCCACGCUGUAGAAGGGUAAUCAUUGAAGAAGAUGAACAACAAGAGAAAGAAGAAGAAAAUAAUAAUCUCAAAAAAUGGAUAACACAAAAAUUGAGUGGGAAUGAUUCUAAAAAGAAGAUACCCAAAACUUUAAUUAAAAAUUCAAGUGAAAGGAUAAUUAAGGAAAAGUUGGCUGUUGUAGAUGGAGGAGUUUUGGCACCCGAUAAACAAACAAAAAUAAUCGAAAAUGAAACAAACAAUGUGAGACUAGAACCAUCAUUAUUAUUAUCAACUACAACAGCAGAAAAUCCUUCAAAUUAUACAGAAAUCCACAUUUCUACAAAUUCUUCCUCUAAUAUAACAACUUCGGAAACUCUCAACAAAACCCCAAAUAUAUUAAUAAAUACAAACAACAAUGUUACUUUCAUUGCAAGUGGUACUGGCCAACACAACAAUGUUUAUAUAAACAACAAUAAUAAUUUAACUGUAAUUUCAAUUGGAAAUUUAAAGAAUGGGGAAGAUUUGAAGAAUAGCAGUACUUUAAUGAGUAAAAAUAAUAUUACUGUAACUGAUGGAGAAACUAAUGGAAAAGAUAAGGAAAGUUUAAAAGAAAAAAAUAGGGAAGAAGUUAAACAACCGGAAAUUAAAAAUCCGGAAAAUAUGGAGAAAGGAAACAAAGAAAUUGAAAAUACGGAAGAGAAAACGGAAGUUGAGAGUUCAAAAUUAAAAUACAUAAAAUUAGAAACAAACAAAAAGAAUAAAAAACCGGAAAAGACAGAAAGGGAAAAUACAAAACCGGAAACAACAAAACCAGAAUUUACACAAAAAGAAAAUACAAACAAAGGAAAUACAGAACCGGAAAACACAAAUAAAGAAAACACAAUGGAAGAAGAAAAUACAAAAGAAGGGAGUGCAAAACCGGAAAAUACAAUGGAAGGAAAAUCGAGGUUGCAAAAUUUUUCUGGUAGAAAAGGACUAGAAAGAGUAAUGCCAGAAGCUGCCCAUAAAAUUGGAGAUGUGAAACCAAUUGUUAAUAGAGAAAAGGAUCCAAAUUUUAAUAAUUUUGAAGGGGAAUAUAAUAAAUUGGAAAACGAAUCCGGAAAAGGGUUCCCUGGAAAAGAUUAUUCCAGAAAGGAUAGAGAAUUUGCUGGUAAAGAAGGGAAAGAAUCCGGAAAAGAAUUGGGAAAAAAUUUUGAAAAAGUCAAUAAUGGAAGGGAAUUUGGAAGGAAUUCUGGAGGUGAAUUAUUUGGGAAUGGUUCAGGAAAAGGAGAUGGGAAAAGGGAAGAAGGCGAAAACGGAAAUGAUGAAUUAAAAGAAGGAAUAAAAAGAAAAUUGAACACAAAUGGACAUGAUGGUUAUGAAAAUAAAAUAAAGUUUAGAAAUGGUUCUUCUGUAAAGAAAGAGGAUGAUGAAAAUGAUGAAAAAGGAAAAGAGGGAAAAGAAUUAACCGAAAAUGAUUCCGGGAAGAAGGACAACAAAAACGCUGGAGGAAGUGAUGAGAAAAAUGAAAAAGUAAUGGAAGAAAAUACGGAAAGAGAAAAAUUGAUUAAAGAAAUGAAUCGAGUAAGUGGAGGAAAUAAGAUAAAAGAGGAUGAAGAAAGUGAAGAAGAGAUGAAGAAAAGUAAAAAGCUUUCGGAUAAAAAAGGAAAGGAAGAGGUUGAAGGGAGGAAUAAACAAAAGAAGAAAAAUGAUGAAUUUGAAGAAGAAAAUGGAAGAGAGUUAAAGAAUGGUGGAAGAAAAGAAGAAAGUGAAGGGAUAAAAGAUGGAAACACUGAAAGGGGAAAAGUGUUGAAAGAAGGGAGAACAUCUAAUGAAGAGAAGAAUGGAGGGAGAGGAUUUGAAGAGAAGGAAAGGGAAUCGAAUGGAAAAGGAUUAAACGAAAGAGAGGGAGGAGGAAGAUUAUCUAAGGAAAAAAAUAAAGGAAAAGGAUUGGAGGAAAAGAGAAGAACAGCGAGUGAAACUAAUAGAAGUGGAUUGGAGAAAGGAAUGGAAGAGAAUAAUAAAAUAAGAGUUGAAGAAAGUGGGAAAGAAGAAAAGUCUGAAACUGGCCUGAAGAAAAAUGAUGGAAUAGGAAAAGGAUAUGAAAAAAGAAAGGAAGAAAAAGAGGGAACAAUAAACAAUGACAGGAAGGAAAAAGGAAGAGAAUUGGGAAGAGAAAAGUCGGAGGGUGAAAAUUUUCCUAAUGAAAAAAAUAUAGGAGAUAGAAGGGAAGAGGCUGGAAGAAGUGGAAGAGUAUUAGAAGAAGAGAAGAAUAAAAAUGGAGAACAGAAAGGAAGUGAAAGAGAGAAUGGAUCAAGUAGGAGAGGAUUAGAAGGAGGAAAGGAAGAACUUAAAAAUGUAAUUAAUGAAGAAAAUAUUGGGGGAAGAGAAAUGAAAAAAGGAAAGGAAGAAAGAAGUGAGGGAAGUAAAGAAACUAUGAAUAAAGGAAGAAGAGGAAAGGGAGGAUUCGGAAGAGUGUCUAGUGAAAAAGAACGAGGAAGAGGGUUGGAAGAAUUAAAAGGAGGAGAAUUAGGAUCUAGAAAAGGAUUGGAAGAAGGAAAAGAAGAGAAUGGGAGAGUGAGUGAAGAAAAGAAAAUAAAAGGAGGAUUGGAAGGAAAGGAAGAGAAUGGAGGUUUGAGUGAAGAAAAGUUGCGAGGGAGAGGAAUUGAAGGAAUCGAAGAGAAUGGAAGAGUGAUUGAAAAUGAGAAUCGUGAAGGAGGAUUGAAGGAGGAAAAAGAUGGGAAUGAAAGAGUGAGUAAAGAAGACAAUAAAGAAAGAGGAUUGGAAGGUAGAAGAGGAAAGUUCAAAGGAAGAGACAGAGGAAAAGAAGAAAAACAUGAAGAAGAACUGGAAGAAAAAGGAUUAAAUGAACAGAAAAAUAAUAUUCCAAAAUCCUCCAGAAAAGUGGAGAGCGGAAAUGAAGCAAAAACAGUAAAGAAACUUUUGCUAGAAGAGCAUGGAGAAAAACCAAAAUCUUCUAGAGAAGAAAAUAAUGGAAAUCGGGACUCUGGUUUAAAUGGAGGGAGGGAUAGUGAAGGAAAAAUUAAGGAACCCCAUCAAGUCAGUUCUGAGGAAAAUGAAACUAACAAGCAUUGGCGCCCUCAUACUCGAACAAAAAAGCCUAAGGAAGAAACAAGUACUACAACGAUAUCAACGACAAGUAAAAGUGGUGGUGAGGUAUCAAACAGAACAACAACAACAGAGAUAUCAUCAACACAUUCAAAAACAACAACAGACCCUUUUACACACCCACAAACAUUCGAAACAACAACGGAACAUAGACGAUACCACAAAACGACAACCGAACCUCAAACUUCGUCUGAAGCAACUACAGAACCUUCGACAACAACAACUUCAGAGACAUACCCAAAAAUAGUUACAAACCCUCAAGAAACAACAGAAACUUCGACUUCAACAACAUCCCAGUCUGUUACCCCCACAACUAAAGAAUCAAGCGAAAUGGUGGAAGAAGCAAAAGAAGAUUCUAGAGAAGGAGAGAAAGGCAACAAAAAUAUAUUUUAUAAAAUAACGUUUUUUAAUUAA